GAAGCCUACUUUCUGCCAGACUUAUGUCCUGUGUUAUCUUUCUCCUCCUUCCUUCUGCAGUGCCUUCCCUGUCUUCUACCUCUUUCGCUGGCCAUGAGGCAGCAGGUGCCAUGGCUGGGGUUGGAGCUCUGUACUGAUUGACUGCUACCUUUUGGAGUGGUUAAGAUAUCGAAUUCAGUUGCCCAGAAAUAUGAUUGAAAACAGCAUGUUUGAAGAAGAGCCUGAUGUGGUUGAUUUGGCGAAAGAGCCUUGCUUACAUCCCCUGGAGCCUGAUGAGGUGGAGUAUGAACCAAGGAGCUCCCGGCUCUUGGUGCGCGGCCUCGGAGAGCAUGAAAUGGAUGAUGAUGAAGAGGAUUACGAAUCAUCAGCAAAAUUGCUGGGAAUGUCUUUCAUGAACAGAAGCUCGGGUCUCCGAAAUAACAUGGCUGGCUAUAGACAAAGUCCGGAUGGAUCAUGCUCGGUGCCCUCUACGAGGACCAUGGUGGUUUGCACAGUUGUCCUUGUGAUUGCAGUUUCAGUAAUAAUGGCGAUUUAUCUUCUUCCCAAAUGUACCUUUACCAAAGAAGGCUGCCAUAAAAAAAAUCAUACAAUGGAACUAAUAUACCCGUUGGCAACUAAUGGAAAAGUAUUUCCGUGGGCAAAAAUCAGGCUUCCGACUGACGUUGUACCGCUGCAUUACGAUCUCGACUUGCAGCCGAACCUAACUACUCUGAAAUUUACAGGUUCUGUGAAGAUUGUGGUUAAUGUCAUCCAGGUGACUUGGAAGAUUGUGCUUCACAGCUCAGGACUUAAUAUCACCAAGGCGACCAUUACUUCUGCGGGAGGGAGUCAAGCAAAGCCAGUAGAAUUCCUGGAAUACCCACUGCAUGACCAGAUUGCAGUCAUGGCUCCUGAAGCUCUCCUUGUAGGCCAGAAUUACACCCUCACCAUGGAGUUUUCAGCUAAUUUAUCAGAUACCUACUAUGGUUUUUACAAAAUUUCUUAUGAGGAUGAGAAAUCUAAGAAAAGGUGGCUUGCAGCAACUCAGUUUGAGCCUCUGGCAGCAAGGUCUGCUUUUCCAUGCUUUGAUGAACCAGCAUUUAAAGCUACUUUUCUAAUCAAGAUCAAGAGAGAUGAGCAACUUUCCACCCUGUCAAAUAUGCCAAAGAAAGCCACUACUCCUGUGACGAAUGGAGUUGUUCAAGAUGAGUUUUUUGUGAGCUUGAAGAUGAGCACCUACUUGGUAGCCUUCGUUGUUGGAGACCUGAAAAACAUCAGCAGGGAAACUAACGGGACUGUGGUAUCCGUCUAUGCCAUACCACAGCAUCUAAACCAAGUUGGAUAUGCUCUAAACACAACAGUGAAGCUUCUGGAAUUUUAUCAAAAGUACUUUCUUAUAAACUAUCCUCUUGGAAAGUUAGAUCUAGUGGCUAUUCCUGAUUUUCAGGCAGGUGCUAUGGAAAACUGGGGAUUGGUCACCUUCCGAGAAACAACACUCUUGUAUGACAACAAGGCAUCUUCAGCAAGAGAUAAGAAGCUGAUAACUGCAGUGAUAGCUCAUGAGCUGGCCCAUCAGUGGUUCGGCAAUCUAGUAACUAUGGAGUGGUGGAACGAUCUUUGGCUGAAUGAGGGAUUUGCAACUUUCAUGGAGUACUUUGCUAUGGAGGAGGUUUUUCCAGACUUGCAUUCAGAUGAAGAUUUCCUAAAUUUGAUUUUCAAGGCUAUGAUGAAGGAUUCCUUGAACUCUUCACAUCCAAUCUCUUCCGCUGUUCAAUCUUCAGAACAGGUCGAAGAAAUGUUUGAUGCACUUUCUUACGUAAAGGGAGCUUCACUUCUGUUAAUGCUGAAGCAGUAUCUCACUAAGGAUGUUUUCCAAGCUGGCAUUGAGGUGUAUCUGCAUAAUCACAGCUAUAGAUCCACCAAGAGUGAUGACUUGUGGGACAGCAUGAAUGAGAUUACCAAUGGGACACUAGAUGUAAAAAAGUUAAUGAAAACAUGGACCCUGCAUAAAGGAUUUCCUUUAGUGACUGUUGUUCGAAGAGGAAGGAAUAUUUCAGUACAACAGGAGCAAUUUUUGUAUCGUGUGGAGCCAGAAAAUUGGACAUCAUCUGCAAGUUAUCUGUGGCAUAUUCCUCUCACCUACAUAACUAGUAACUGCAACUUUACCCAUUGUACUAAUGCCUAUUUACUGGACCAAAAGUCAGCUGUCAUUGAACUUCCCGAAGAGGUGGAAUGGAUAAAAUUCAAUGUGGAAAUGAGUGGUUAUUACAUAGUACACUACACUGAAGACUGGAAAACGCUGAUUGAUCUGCUGAAAAAAAAUCACACUGCUCUCAGCGCUAAAGACAGAGCCAAUCUGAUCAACAAUAUCUUCAGUCUUGCAGGUCUAGGAAAAGAGUCUCUGGAAAAGGCCUUUGAGCUGAUCGAUUACCUUGAAAAGGAGAACUGCACUGCACCACUCACUCAAGCUUUAUUUCAGAUGAGUCUUAUUUACAAUCUCUUAGACAAAAAGGGUGAACAACAGCUGGCAGCACGAGUAAUGCAUAGAAUAGAAAGUCUCCUUGGAAAUAAAAUUGAUCAGCAAACAUGGACCGAUGAUGGGACCCUGUCUGAACGAGAACUGCGGUCAACGCUGCUGGCUUUUGCCUGCACUCACCAUCUAAGAAACUGCAGAGCGACUGCCACUGAGAUGUUUAAGGAGUGGAUGAUUUCUAAUGGCACAAAAAGUCUGCCUAGUGACGUUAUGAAAUCCAUAUUUGCGGCUGGAGCCAAAACUAAUGAAGGCUGGGAUUUCCUCUUAAAGAUGUACUCCUCUUCAAUUCCUGAAGCAGAAAAGAACAAAAUGAUUGAAGCUUUGGCCAGCACGGAUGAUGUCAGAAAGCUGAUGUGGUUAAUGCAGAACAGCCUUGAGGGCGAAGUCAUCAGGACACAGGAGCUUUCACAUAUCAUAGCAACUGUCAGCCAGAGUUUGCCUGGAUAUUUAUUGGCCUGGGACUUUGUUAAAGAGAACUGGGAAAAGCUGACACGAAAGUUUCACCUAGGCUCAUACACUAUCCAGAAUAUUGUUAGUUGGUCAACUUGUCAGUUUUCAACAAAGACGCACCUUCUUGAGGUGAAGACAUUUUUCGAGUCAAGAUCAGAGGAAAGUUCUCAACUGCGUUCUGUAAAAGAGGCGAUUGAUACAAUUCAGCUCAAUAUCCAAUGGAUGGAGAGGAACUUAGCAAAACUACAGGAGUGGCUGUAGUGAAUGAACACAAUACUAUGCUUUUUUCAGCCAUUCAGUGAAUUUGUGGACUGUUGCUCUGUUACUUUUGCAAAAGCCAAGGUGAAACCAGGCCUCGCUGCAACAUUGUUUGCACUAUUAGGGAGUCUAGAUAGCUCAGGGCACAUCUCACGUAAGUUUUGAUUUUCCUUGGAGCAUUUAUGGGCAGGGUGUAAGUAUUCUUGAACUGUUUUCAUCUAUAGACCAAACACCUGCAUAAACGAUGUUAAAUACUUUUAUAU